UGGACUCGGGAUCAAAUUCCACAUCAACAUUUCUCUGGUUGCUCUCUGUAGUCGGUCCUACUGCCCUGCACGCUGUGAGCGGCAGAGAAGGAGAGCUGCUAACAGACUAUGUCUCCACCAUGCCAACACCUGGUUGCGCACUCAGUCCCACACCACACCCUGAUCCGGCUGGCACGGGAGUGGCUGUCAGAGGACACGCCGAACUUUGACCCAGCAGGAGUGUGUGUGGGCUCACAGGAAGUUGAAGCGAGGCUGCUGUGUAAAACUCCACACAGCAUCCUAGCAGGGUGUCCCUUCUUCACAGCGGUGUUCACUGAGGUGGGCUGCACAGUGGACUGGAUUUAUGAGGAAGGAGCUGAGAUCGGUCUCGAUGCUGUCACCCUGACUGCUGUGGUGAGGGGCCCAGCAAAGUCCCUGCUCCUUGGGGAGCGGCCGGCUCUCAACUGCCUGGCUCGGGCCUCGGGUAUUGCCACCCGCUGUUCUCAGCUCCGGGCCAUCGCAAAGGCGCAAGGCUGGCACGGGGAGGUGGCUGGAACACGUAAGACCACCCCAGGCUUUCGUCUGGUGGAGAAGUAUGCCAUGGUGGUGGGCGGCGUGUCCACGCACAGACAGGAUUUGAGCGGGAUGGUGAUGUUAAAGGACAAUCAUGUGUGGGCAUCAGGAAGUAUCACAGAGGCUGUGAAAGUUUCCCGCUCAGUGUGUGGCUUCAGCAGUAAGAUUGAGGUGGAGUGUCGUUCAGCAGAGGAGGGCAGGGAGGCAGCCAGAGCCGGAGCAGACAUCGUCAUGCUGGACAACUUUCAGCCUCAGGAGCUCCACGUCACAGCCCGUGCACUGAAGGAGGAGUUCCCAGCUCUCCUGAUAGAAGCCAGCGGAGGAGUCACCCCAGAAAACAUAGCUUUGUAUUUCUCCCCACACGUGGACAUCAUUUCUCUGGGCUGCAUAACGCAGGGCUGCCCAGUCGUAGACUUUUCCCUCAAGGUGAAAAGGCCGCAAAUAGGAUUUAUAAUCAAACAUGUCAGACUGUGAAGAAUAUGAUGAUUUCUGAAAAAAAAAGGGAAUUAAAUCUGUUGUGACAACAUCCUGUUUGUUUAUUUCUCCUUGAUAAUUAUCAGAUGAGUAAAAAAUUAGACUGUGCUCUGCAGGGUGUUGCAGGCUAAAGAAAAAGCUUUUCAGAUAUCAAUCUCAAACAUAUUUCCUGUGAGUGUAACUUGAUGAAAUUUUUGAAGCUAUUCAAACAUGACACACAGAAAAUGUUCCUGCAGCCUCACUGUCUAAGUACCAAGCUGUGACUAAUUAGGAUAGGUUAUCACCAUCACUUUCUUAAAAUAAAGAACCUACUUGAUUUGCACCAGUGGUGUUAAACUGUUGCCAUUUUAAAGCCAUAUUAAAUGGUUUUCCUAAUGCUGGGAUGCAGAAGAAACUGCACGUUGAAAUCAUAGACUGCAUGAUAAAGAUGAAGAAAACUUUAGGGUCUGGGAAGUAUAUCCAUGGGACCAAGAACCAGUCAAAGAUGGCUCAUGGAAAAUCAAAAAAAAAAAAAAAAUCUAUCAGGAGGAAUUAAAAAUGCAAACCACUCAAAAAUUGGUUCAAAAUUCCCAGAGACUACAUCAAAGCACAUAAUUUAAACGUGAGGUAACGAAGGUAAAAAUGCUCUCUGGUUACACACUUAAUUAUGCUUUAUUCUACCAAAUGGCAGAAGGGAAAAAGUCUCCCUAAUGCCAGGCAGUGGACCAAACCACUGUGAAACAUGUUUUCCAUUUGUCAAAAAAUAAACAAGUUAUUUUGUAUCUCGUUAGCACAACAAUUUUCAUUACAGUAUGUUGUGAUGGCCAAACCUAUGGCCACACUCCAGCAAAGUCGGUAACUCCCUUAUGCACUAUUCAUACAAAUACCAUUAUUUUAGUUUGCAAUAAAUUGGUUGGUUUAAAUGCAUUUGUUCUGUUUGUAAGCGCGCACAUUUAAUUCACUCGUAUUUUUCUCAACCCAUGGUUCAUUUUUGUUUAUGCUCAUAAUUAGUUUGUUUUUCUUUACCGGUACUUACCUGCUCUCAUCCUGGGGAGUUGCCCGACUAGCGGUUGGCCAGGGCUGACCACACCUGCACACUGGAUAAAUUGGACUGCACCACCAGCUGUGGUAGAGGGGAGGGGCUUUGUUUCUUUAGUUAAAUAAAGCUUUCCGUUUAAGUGAAUCAUUUGUAUAUGGGAGCUUUAAGAUUUUGCUUUUAGUGGGUUUUUUUGGUGUUUAGUUUAUUAACAAACUUAGCUGUAUUGUGGUGUUUGGUGUGAUUGGUGUAUUCUGUUUAGUUACCCCCUAUUGUGUGUGUCAGUGGUCUGAUCAGCCAGCAUAUAUACCCUUGUGUGUCAUUUCUUAGGUGGGUCAUUUAGUUGUUUGUGCAGUGAGUUUGUUUGUGCACAUUUUUUUGCCUGAGUUCAGUUUUGUUUCUUUGACCUGUUUUAUGAGCUCAGCAUUUGUAAUUUUGAUUUUUUUGGGUUAAAAUAAAAAACCCUAUUUUUCUAAUA